GAGUUUCCUCUCAGCAUGGCCCCCAAACGCCAGUCUUCACUCCCGCCUCAAAGGAAGAAACCGAGACUCCCUCCUGCCCCCAAGCCAGGGCAGACAUCAACAUCUCAGCAGUUGCAUAAGGGAGAAGAAGAACAGCAAGAAGCAACUGAACAUAUUGAUGAAGUACAAGAUGAAACAGACAGACUUAAUGAACAAGCCAGUGAGACUUUGAAAGUAGAACAGAAAUAUAACAAACUCCGCCAACCAUUUUUUCAGAAGAGGUCGGAAUGGAUCACCAAAAUCCCCAAUUUGGGGGUAACAACAUCUGCCAACCAUCCACUAGUGUCGGCACUGCUUGGGGAGGAGGAUGAAGAGACGCUGCAUUAUUUGACAAGAGUUGAAGUGACAGAAUUGGAAGAUAUUAAAUCAGGUUACAGAAUAGAUUUUUAUUUUGAUGAAAACCCUUACUUCAAAAAUAAAGCUCUCCCCAAAGAAUUCCAUCUGAAUGAGAGUGGUGAUGCAUCUUCAAAGCCCACUGAAAUCAAAUGGAAAUCUGGAAAGGAUUUGAUGAAACGUUCAAGUCAAACACAGCAGGAAGAGACAGCAUGGAAUAAAGCCAGCAGGAAGAGACAGCAUGACGAACCAGAGAGCUUCUUCACCUGGUUUACUGACCGUUCUGAUGCAGGCAAAGAUGAGUUAGGAGAGGUCCUCAAAGAUGGUAUUUGGCCAAAUCCUUUACAGUACUACUUGGUUCCCGAUAUGGCUGAUGAAGAAGGGGAAGGAGAAGACGAAGAUGAUGAUGAUGAUGAAGAAUCAGAAGAUACUGGGCGCCUGGAAGAUACUGAUAAAGAAGGAGAUGAGGAUGAAGGUGAAGAAGAUGAAGAUGAUGAUGAGGGGGAGGAAGGAGCGGAGGAUGAAGCAGAAGAUGACUGAUGGAACACUAAUGGAUUCUAACCUUCCUUUU